AACAAAAGUUUACGAGUAAAACGUGGGCUAGAGCAGUGGUCUCCAAACUGUGGACCUCCAGAUUGGGCAAAACUACAACCGACCUGACGACCAAGAGGGUCACCACUUCUGGCCCUAGAUGGUUGAACACUGAACGCUUCUAUCCUCGGUAUAAUAGCUACAGGAAUAAUCUGCAGACUUGUCAAACAGGUAUAACGCUCCUAUAAAUAGUUGUUUAAGCAGCGAGUGAGGAACAAGGUUCAGAUUUUAUUUAGACUAGGCGUGACACAAGGAGUGCCUCUUUGGCAGGUACGGUGUUUUCCUUCACAUCGGCAGCCAUGGCGUCAGCUGUUCAGAGAGACGAGCUGGACUGCUCUAUCUGUUUGGACAUUUUUAGGGAUCCUGUAAACCUAAGAUGUGGACACAACUUCUGCCGGGUCUGUAUUGAUCGUGCGCUGGAUACACAGGACCAGUCUGGACUUUAUUCCUGUCCUGAAUGUAGAGAAGAGUUUCAGGAGCGGCCGACACUGAUGAGGAACAUCGCUCUGAGAAACAUAAUGGAGAACUUCUUGUUUACUCAACCAACAAAGAUGGAAACCGGGAUCUUCUGCACUUACUGUGUGGACUCUCCUGUCCCUGCUGUGAAGUCCUGUCUGCUGUGUGAUGCUUCUCUAUGUGAUAGACAUCUGAAGGUUCACAGCAAGUCACCAGAACACGUCUUAUCUGAGCCCAGAACUUCUCUGGAGAACAGGAAAUGUUCUGUACAUAAGGAGCUCUUGGAGUAUUACUGCUUUGAAGAUGCUUCGCCUAUCUGUGCCACCUGCUUCCAAUUUGGUGGCCACAGAAGACACCGGGUGGAGAUGCUGGAUGAGGCCUCUAAGAAUAAGAAAGAGAUCCUGAAGAACGUUCUGCAGGUACUGACCACACAGAGGGAGGAGACUGACAAGAGAGUCCAGAGUCUUCUGAAUCACAAAAGAGAAGCGGAAGGUAAAGCAGCCGAUAUAACCGAGAGAGUCACUGCCCUGUUUAUAGACAUGAGGAGACGGCUGGACGACCUGGAGCAGAGGGUCCUGAGCGAGAUCUCCAGACAGGAGGAGCAGAUGUCACUCUCAGUCUCCGAUCUGAUCCAGAAUCUGGAGACUCAAACAGAGGAGUUGACCGAGAAGAUCCGCCAUUUGGAGAUGACAUGUAAUGUACAAGAUUCAUUGGAUUUCUUAAAGGAAUUGGGCAGCAGAAAUCUAUGGGAAGGUAUAACUGGAGGUGACGUGAUGGCGCGGACUGUAUCUGAUCUGGAUGAAGGUUUGAUCUCAGACACUUUACACAGAGAUUUCGAUGAUAUUGUGUCAGAGGUAAAGAAAAUGUUUUACGUUGAAAAGAAAUCUGACAAUUCAACAAAUCCGACCAAGAUGGCGGCUGAGGAACAAGGCAAUGCCUCAGUCUUUAGCUUUUUGCCAAUCCGGAGGCUGUUUAAUAGUGACACCGAAAAGUGGAGAUUAUUCCAGUCCAGGGAACCACAGACAGAAGAUUCGGUUCCAGGACCUUCUGUAGCAAGGGAACCAUUUGUGGUGUUUGAAAGCCCCUUUUCUUCCUCCAGGUCAGACAACAAAAAAUUAUUCAGUAAUAUCCCGGAUGUUACUCUGCCAACAUUGGGUGGUUGGCUGAAAAAAUAAUAUAAUAGAUGAACAUGGUGCCAAGGGGUCACAAGACAAUGACAUAUGUAUACAGUGUACUUGGCAGCUCUUCUGGAAUGUCUGGGCGGCUUAGAGGAAAAAAAUAGGAAGACAUCCUGGUCUCCCGGAUCAGUUGUCCUGUUUCUCAGGUGCUGCUAUGUACUCGUGCCUCUUCUCGUUCCUGUAGUCCUCUUAACCCUUAGAGGCCACCACAGACAAUGGUCUGCUGUCCCCGGCCUUCAUUAGGACUAUGUGGAUGCCCAGGAGUAAAGACUGCAAGAUGCAGGAAUGGGAAAAAGAUGAGUAUCUGCAGAACCUGGUCUAUAUUAGUUUAGUAGGUCUGGGGUCUGUAUAUGUUGAGGAGGUCUGGGUUUGUACUUGUUGACUACUGAAGAUAAUAAAAAUCAUUAUUAUUUUAUAUAGAGCACACAGGUUCCACAGUACUGUUCACUUAAAUUAGUCCCUGUCCCCAUUGGGGCUCACAAUCUAAAUUCACCUAUCGGUGUAUGAGGAAACCCACACAAACAUGGGGAGAA